AUGGCAACGCUCCUUCGAGAAGGUAUCGAAGCUUUACUAGCCAGGCUAGGGGUGGAGGACCCAAUCCCGGACAUCGAGGGAACGGACAUCCAAAGCAAUCCUAUCGAUAUCUAUUUAUCGUACCUUACGGACACCCUCGUCAAGCUCACAGAAUGCUCCCCUCAGGUGGCUCAUGGCUCGAUUCAGUGGCCCAGUGAUCUGGGAGAUUUGGCAGUGAUACUGCCACGACUUCGACUUCAGACACAAAACCCAAAGGCUCUUGCCGUUGAGCUUAAGCAGAAGUUUCCAGGCUCUCAUCUCAUGGGCCACCCUGUUGAUGAUGGGAUCCACCUUCGAUUCUUCUUCUCUGCUCAGAUACUUGGUCGGUUACUCUUGCCAUACAUCAUCGAUCGAGGUCGAUCGUAUGGCAUCCCAAACAUCGCAAACCACACAGACUUGGAGCUUCCUAAGACUGAGCCAAAGAAGAUCCUGGUUGAAUUCUCAUCCCCUAACUUGGGCAAAGAGUUUGAUGGUUUGCACCUCAGAAGCACCAUUAUUGGCGCUUAUAUUGCUUCGCUAUAUGAGUCCAUGGGCCACGAAGUGACCAGGAUGAAUUUCCUUGGUGAUUGGGGUCAACAUAUCGGGCUAUUAGCAGCAGGAUGGUCCAGAUUUGGCUCUGAGGAUGCAUUGACUGCUGACCCACUUCGACAUCUGCUCGAGGUUUAUACACAGAUUGACGAACUCUCCAAAAGCGAGCAAGCAAACUCUCAAGAGCUUCCUAGCGAUGGUCAGCUUUCAGGAAUUGCUGCAGAGCUCGAAGCAAAUGUGACUGCCCUGGACAAUGCUGACCCGGGUGCAAUGGCUUUGUGGACACGAUUCCGUGAAUCGUCAAUCAAAAGCUAUACCGACAUUUAUGCCCGUAUGGACAUCAGAUUUGACGAAUAUUCAGGAGAAUCGGAGGUCAACCAUGCAACCAUAUCUGAGGUUGAGACCACUUUAGGAGAUAAGAUCGUCUUCGAUGAAACCAAAGGCGGCUGGAUUAUCGAUUUCAGUGUGCAUGAGACCAGAGUUUUGAAGAAUGGCCAUGCAAAGCUUCGGAACCUCCGGGGUUUAACGACUUACCUGCUCAGAGAUAUUGCUGCCGCCUUGGAUCGGAGUCGAAAACAUACUUUUCAUAAACUCUUUUACGUUGUGUCCGCACGACAAGAUUCGCAUUUCCAACAACUUUUUGCUGUUCUUGAGCUAAUGGGGCAAUCAGAGCUUGCUGAUCGCUUGCAACACCUCAGUUUCAGCACGGCCAGAGGUCUUGCACCCGAAGAAGGUAUCAGUGGUCUUCUGCUUAGUGACAUUCUGGACCAAUGCCGUACCACAGUUUCAAAUUUACAGGCAAAUAAACCAGAUAGGUUCUCGCAUUAUCAAGGUCAAGAUGUUUUGACACUCUGCGACAAGCUCGGUACCACCUCACUCAUGACUCAAGAACUUGCGAUCCGGAGAAAAGAUGACCUUAUUUUUGAUAUCCCAAAUAUCGGUAAUGUUGAGGAAGAGACUGGUAUGAGCUUACAAGACUGUUUCGCAAAAAUCAGUGUGAGAUUGCAAGGUGUCAUUAUUGAUCAAGAGGGCCUCGAAAAGUCCGAUGAUGACCUCUUUGAGGAUGAGCGCUAUGCUGAGAUCCUUCGUGUACUGAUUCAAUUUCCUGUCACCGUCAAAUCAUCGUUCGAAAAACUAGACUCUUCUCCAAUACUCACGCAUCUAUUCCGCUUAGUUGCAUCAGUGGAUUACCUUCUAGACGAAGAAGGAGAGUCCGAGGCAUCCGGUUCGAAUCAUAAUAUCGUCAAGCUUUGCCUUUACCAGGCCGUUCGUCAAGUUCUGGAGAAUGGCAUGCAUUUGAUCGGCCUGACCCCGAUCGAAAUAGCUCCUUUACAAGAGCAUUCUGGAAUUUUUCCAAUCGAACAAGCCACCGAAGUUAAUGUUGAGGACUCGACGGCCCUUAGCGAAACUCGUACUACACCACCCACAGAGAUAGUCAAUAUCCAAGAAGAGAAUGCCACCGGGGCAGCACCCGAGCCAGAUGAGCCCUCGACGCAGGGCGACGCUGGAGCAGCGAUAGUGCCAGCCGAAGAAUCCACAACUGCCCUGGACCCGGCUACAAGCUCACCAGUGGAAAGAGCUUCGAAUGUUGCAGAGCCACAGACCACAGGAGGGACAGAUGCAGAAAUGACUCCGACCGUUGCCACACAGUGUGAAGUGAACCCUCCAGAUGAGGCACCUCCAGCUACAGAGGCUAUCACUGAAGCUGCGGACCAUGUCCAGACACAGAACCCCGAGACCUCGCCCCCAGCAGCUCCCGGGGACGACACCAAAGCUCUUGCAGCAAAUGAUGCUCCUGAAAAUGAAACACCGACUACCGCUCCUACUGAGGGCGAAACCACCACAUCCGAGGUCAUCGAGCAUGAGGCUCUCAAUCCUCCAGAUUACGCACACUGUGACCCCCUAGCCUCGGCUGAGGAUAAUCACCAUCUUAAGAUGCCUGAACAUGUGGCUUCAAUUGAAGCACACUGA